AUGGCAGCCGAGUCCUCUGUUCCACAAACUUCCUCUGAAUCGGCUGCUCACAAGAUGGGCUUCUUCAGAGUCCCUGAUCUUCUCGUCAAACUGAGCACCAAAUGUUUGAUUGAGUUGGAUGCCGUCCGCAGCCCAACAUCCCCCUUAGACCUGAAAUUGUUCACAGGCCUUGCUACCAGAUCACCCAGAUCGUCCUUCCUUGAUGCCGGCGCAGCCAGCCAGAACCAAAAGAUCUUGCUCGGGGACAGGGUUGGCCUGGGACUGGUGGAUUCUCUCAGUGAUGAAAACAACCCCACACCCUUGGGCAGCAGGAAGGUUCUCCUUGGAUCUGAGAUGAGGAUUACUGACAACUUAACUCUCAAGAACAGCUCCACUGCUCCUAAUCAAGCUGGCCUGCUUGAACAGAAAGAUGAGAAUAUGAGUGAUGGACUCAACGGUAGUAUCAUGUCCCUGGAUGACAUUGUCAAUUCAGAGGAUUACACCUGCGUUGUUACCCGUGGUCCAAACCCUAGAACUACCCACAUUUUUGGAGACCGUGUUUUUGAGUUUCAAGCUGAGCAACUGAUGCCUGAUGAGGGUGGGUGUGAGGAGAGUUUGGCCCCUCAUCUGAAUGGGGAUACCAUGAGCUUCUGUUGUUUUUGCGGUGACAAGCUCAAAGAAGGGAAAGACAUCUAUAUCUACCAGUCUUUCAAUCGUAGGGGUGACAAAGCCUUCUGCAGCAUGGAAUGCCGGGAGAACUUCAUGGAAGAUGAGAUGGAAGGUGAACCUUCGAUAGGUCACUCUGAUCCCAGCGGCCCUUCCUUUGACAAUCGUUGCAUUUUCCAACUGAUCCAGUGA